GUGGUCGUUAAAUUUUGUCACUUUACUUCUUCUCUGUUUUGUUUUUACACUUUCAAACAGUUUUGGUUUUCAACCACGAUCUGCAAGAUGGAUCUGCCUCCCAUAAAAUGUGGACAUCUCUACAGACCACAGAAGGGAAUUAAGAAAUACUGGGUGAAACGAUGGGCUCUGCUCUACCCAGGAUCGGAGGUCAACCCCCCACGUCUGGAGACGUUUGACAGCAAGGAUGCGUCUUACAAAGAGGGCGCCAAGCCAUUAGUGUUAUACCUUCCCUGUCCGAUAAAAGCUUUCCCAACAUCCCAGCACCGCUCCAGAGAUUUUGUUAUUGAAAUCAUAAUGGAUGACAAAGUUGUUGCUUACGCUGUUGACACAAGAGAGGAGUUGAAUAGUUGGCUCCAUAUAAUGUCUGAAGUUUCUAACGGGAGGACUGGGAAGAGAGAAUGUCUACCUGCUGAACCCCCAUCGUCCUCCCCAUCAUCAUUCAGCGGUGAAGUUGCUGAAGGUCUUCUAGAAAAUACCCUGUAUGAUAGCUUUGAGACUGUGGCAUACCAGGUGUCAAUCAAACCUAACACUUUCAGUGAGCAACUAGGCCUUCAAGGAUACUACUCUCUGCAGAUUGACUCAGUAAAACUCACUCUCAUUGAUGAUGAUUCAAACGACGUUCUGUAUGCUUGGCCGUACAGGUAUCUCAGACGGUACGGUCGCGACAAGGUCUCAUUUUCUAUGGAGGCCGGCCGAAAGUGCGAUUCGGGACCAGGCUUGCUGGUGUUCGAAACCAAAGAUGGAAACGAUAUUUUUCACAACAUCCAGAAUUUUGUUAAUAGCAUCUCCGGGAGAAAAGCAACACCACCUCUGUCUCACAAUCGCCACCAGGAGACGCCACAUAUACAAGCAGGGAAACCCCCCCUUGCUAGUAGGCCACACAAAACGAAACCAAUGGCGCCCCAACCUCUUUCUCGACCCCACCCCAAAGACCACAUCGGUGCCAUCACAGAGAGCUCUAUCUUCCAGCAGAAACUUGCUGCUAUACAGAUCACAAAAGAUGAAGCAAGGGGGACGGACUUUGCUCCCAGAAAACCUAAACCCUUCAAACCAAGAAAUACUGAUCUUCCCAAGUCCUCGUCCCCACCAACUCAGGUUGAUCCUCUGUAUUCUGAGGUACAAGAGGGUGUGGAUACUCAGUCAAAUAACAACACCCCAUCCCCAGAAGAAGAGAGUGAGUACAGCCUCCUCCAGGACAGUGAGCAGCCGAGGCUACCCCCAACUGAAUCGGAUGCAUAUGACAUGCCUGAGCCUCCGGGAAACCCUAAGAAUGUGUACAAUAUGACUUCGGAAGAACCUAUGUCUGAUGGCUGGAAGACAUUCGGUCGCACGGAAGACAAUAUUCACACUGAGACCUAUGUCUCCAAUGAGGAUUUGUUAGUAGAGGAUUCUAAGACAGACCCCAAACCUGUCCCAGCACCUGUCAAACCGAUAAAACCCAAGCCACAAAUUCGACCAAAAAUAAUAAAGGUACACACGUCCAAACCGGAAACCCCAGAACCAGUUCUUAGUGACGCAAACGACACACUUUAUGAUGUAUGCGGUUCUGCACCUGAAGUCUGUCACUCGCCAUCGGUCUCUGAAGGUGACGACAUCUAUGAUCACUUCACGCGUACCAACAUUGCACAGCCGGUGCCCGCCCCAAGAAAAGUCAUCCCUGCCCAACAACCACAAGUGGACGACGAGUCAGAAUUAUACGAUCGUCUUCAGCGCGAGACCAGUGUUGGCGGGACCCGCGGGCCACUGCAACAUCAAUCUCAGCAGAGAUUAUACGAUUCAGGAGAUGUGUAUGAUUCGUUGGUUCCAGAUAACGGAAUUCAAAAUGUGGCAGGCGGAACUCACCCAGCCCUGCCAGAGGAAUCGGAAUACAGUUCUGCUGUUGCAGGCUCACAGUCACACAUGUAUAUGGAUACACUGUCUAAAGACACCGCCGAACCAGAUGACACGGAUGAAAACCCGUAUGACAUCGUUUCAUUUCAGUAAACAAAAUUCUCCUUUUAUUGCAUUCAGAAGAAGAAAAAAAGCAAAACAAAAGCAGACAGUACUUUAUUCUGUGUAGUGCCAUGUAUGAAACAUACCAUUCACACACUGUCAAGAUUUAACACUUCUUAUUGUGCAUGCAAGUUUUGCUGGAAAAGUAGCAAAAUAACCUGGGUGAAACAUGAGAACCAUAUUACUUGUGAGCAG